CCAAUCAUUCAUACCUCCUAUUUAAUGAUUUCCACACUCAGAGUUUGAGAUCUCAACAUUUAGUUCUUUCAAUCGAGAAAGAAGAAGAAUCUGAUCGAGGGAAUCAUAUCGUUCAUGGUGAGCAUGGCGUGGCCAAUCAUAUUUGUUUUUCCACCACCAGCUUCUGUGUUCGUCACAGCCAUGUCAGUGAUCAGCUUCGCAGGGUUAGCUAAUGCCGGGUUCUCGGAGGUAAGAGGAAAACACCUGCAGUACUCCAAGUUCUGGAAGACUAGCAAUCAAUCUGAUUCUCAAAAAUCAAAGCAAAUUUACAUAUCUGGUAGAAGAGGCAUGCAAAUUUUGUAUACUCCCGCAUUUCUCGCUGGUCUCACAUCCUUGGUGUUCUUUCCCCACAACGAUGAUAUCAGAUAUCUAUUGCUCUCUUCAGCUCUCACCAUUCAUUUCCUCAAACGACUUUUGGAGGUUCAAUUUGUUCACAAGUACAGUGGAGGGAUGGCGCUCGAUUCCGCGAUUCCUAUCUCUCUCAGUUACUUCAUGUUUACUGUGACUGCGAUUUAUGCUCAGCACCUUACAAUAACCCAAGGGCUACCAGAGCCACAAAUUGAUUUGAAGUACCCUGGAAUUCUGUUGUUUCUACUUGGGAUAUCUGGCAAUUUCUACCAUCACUACCUACUUUCCCAAAUGAGAUCAUCAUCCUCUUCGUCUCCGUCAAACUCAAACAGCAAUGACGAUAAGGAUUAUAAGAUUCCAAGGGGUGGAUUGUUUGAGCUAGUGGUAUGCCCUCACUAUCUCUUUGAAAUCAUAGGAUUUGUAGGGUUCUCUUUUAUUUCUCAGACCUUGUAUGCAUUUGCCUUCGUGGCCGGAACAGCAUUCUAUUUGACUGGUAGGAGCUAUGCUACUAGGAGAUGGUAUCUUUCUAAGUUUAAACAUUUUCCCCAAAAUGUCAAGGCUCUCAUUCCAUAUCUUUAUUAGAUGUAUGCAUGUUUGUAUCAGACUAUAAAUGAAGUAUCAUGUUAGAGAUUUCAGAAUUAAUCCUGUUUACCAAGUAUUGCACAUUUAUAUUAAUGAAGCUCUCUACAAACAUGAUUUCAAUAACUCAA